AUGGCAGACACUGUGAAUGCAACAAUAAGUGCUGCCCAGCUUGUGUAUUAUACCAACUCUAUAGAUGGACCUGCACUAGCAGGAAGUUUUAUGAAUAUCAUGCUUUAUGGUGUUAUGAUUACUCAAAUCUUCUUCUACUAUACAACUUAUACCAAUGACACCAUCUGGUCAAAGUACUAUGUUGGUGUUCUCUUUUUGGCUGAUACUUUGAAUUCUUUCUUCAACAUCUGGUGGAUAUAUAACACUCUGAUCAAUAAUUUUGGCAAUUCACAUGCAAUCUUGUAUGCUGACUAG